CCAGCUACACAACGAAUCACAGCAAGUCCCGUGAUCCAAAGGCUAUAUCUGACAUUCCCCUAUUCACUUUGAUAGUGAUCACCCCCUAUUUCGAACCACCCAGGCUUGCCUAGUAGGUAUCAACAAAACAAAUUAACAACGCGAUGGCGAUUCUAUUACAUCGUGCGAAUGAUGCCCUCAACAUCAACCCCCCGAGCGGAGACGAGGCGCUGAGUGUAAACGGAAGCGACUGGUUAUGGGCAGUAACGGCUAUUUAUGUUGUCUCGUUCAUUGCCUUCUUUGCUACUAGUUUCGUGGCACGAUCUGGUGAAAAGAUCUUCCACUACCUCUUCACGAUUGCCCUCCUCGUCGGUUCUAUCUCCUACUUCGCUAUCGCUGCUGAUCUAGCCUAUGUGGCCAUUCCUGUUGUCAACUCCAAGCCUGUCGAGACAUGGGUUCGUCAAGUCUUCUGGGCAGAAUAUGUCAACUGGGUUGUCAGCUACCCCGUCAUUGCCAUUGCUCUUGGUUUACUGAGCGGUGUCUCAUGGGCAACUAUCCUCUAUAACGUUGCUCUAUCAUGGACCUGGGUCAUUUCGUAUCUUGUCGCUGCCUUUACCACAUCUAACUACAAAUGGGGUUUCUAUGCCUUUGGCACGACUGCUUGGGCUCUUCUCGCAUUCAGCACUCUUGCGGGUGGCUCGACUGCGGCUAAGCGCGUUGGUGUCGCUAGAGACCACACCGUCUUAUCGGGAUGGGUCAACCUCCUAUGGCUCUUGUACCCUAUCGCCUGGGGUCUCUCGGACGGUGGAAACAAGAUCGGCGUAACACCCGCUUACAUUUUCUUCGGUGUUCUGGAUGUCCUACUAGUUCCGGUCUUGUCAUUCGUAUUCCUAUUCCUUGCCCGGAACUGGGACUAUGGCAAGCUGAAUCUCGCCUUCACUCGAUAUGGCCGCGUUCACCAAGCCGGUGAAUUCCCCGAGAAAACCGCCACCGCUCCGGCGCAGCCCGUUGUCGGUGAGCAAGCCGCAUAGACGGACCGAGUAUUAAUAUAGGCUGUGCGACUUUGCGCCGCGUUGAACGUCGAUUGCAGGUCUCCCGCAAGUCGCCCGAUCCUUCCGCGUACUCGCCUUACUUCCCCCCAACCUCGUUCGCUGUCAAUUAUGGUAGGCUGGGCCUGUCGCUCUUUUAUGAUGUGAUGAUCAUGAUUCAUCACGAAACUGUACCAUCUAAUGCGAUCUUAAUCAAUCCAAUCGGGAUCUUGGAUGGUCGCAAUAUUUAUUAUACCCCCUUCGCUCGUUAUGAAAGAUGGAUGAGAAAGAGUCCCGGAAUUAUACCCUUGGUAAUACUUAGGUGUUAAGGAAAGGAGAGGACAUAGGUCCGGUAAUUAUUAAUGGUCGUAGUAGUGGUAGUGUUGAGAUAAAUAAAAUACCCCCUCGUUGCUUUUA